UGCUGUGCCCCCCCCCGCCCCGAAGAUCUGUCGCGAUGCCGGGGCAUGGGAAGCCACAGUGAAGCCAACGCACAGCGGCUUUAGAGAGGUCGGAGAAGAGAGGCAGGGCCAGUGAAGGAGGGGAAAGCGUGUUUACAAGGGUGGUGGGGACCGGGACGGAGCGUCAGGGGCCAUGGCUGUUUUAAGGCGGAAGGACACGGUGGGAAGUGAGACGCCAGAGAUAUAAAACUCGGCUGGUGGCGGCUGUAGUUCUUUCGCCGGUCCCUCAUGCCCGCAGCGAUGCCCGAGGAAGUGCAGCGCGAGGAGGAGGAUGCGGAGACCUUCGCUUUCCAGGCGGAGAUCGCCCAGCUCAUGUCGCUGAUCAUCAACACUUUCUACUCCAACAAGGAAAUCUUCUUGCGGGAGCUCAUCUCCAACGCCUCCGACGCACUGGACAAGAUCCGUUAUGAGAGCCUGACUGACCCCUCGAAGCUCGACAGCGGCAAAGACCUCAAGAUUGACAUAGUCCCCAACCCCAGAGACCGCACGCUCACCCUGGUGGAUACCGGCAUUGGGAUGACAAAAGCAGACCUCAUCAACAACCUGGGCACCAUUGCCAAAUCUGGUACCAAAGCCUUUAUGGAAGCUCUUCAGGCUGGUGCAGACAUCUCCAUGAUUGGGCAGUUUGGUGUGGGUUUCUAUUCUGCGUAUCUAGUGGCUGAGAAGGUGGUUGUCAUUACCAAGCACAAUGACGAUGAGCAGUAUGCGUGGGAGUCGUCAGCUGGUGGCUCCUUCACUGUCCGAAUUGACCGUGGUGAGCCCAUUGGACGGGGCACCAAAGUGAUCCUCUAUUUGAAGGAGGACCAGACAGAGUACUUGGAGGAGCGGCGGGUCAAAGAGGUGGUGAAGAAGCACUCCCAAUUCAUUGGCUACCCCAUCACACUCUAUCUGGAGAAGGAGCGUGAGAAAGAGAUCAGUGAUGAUGAGGUAGAGGAGGAGAAAAGUGAGAAGGAAGACGAAGAUUCAGCCUCCAAAGAUGAAGAAAAACCCAAAAUUGAGGAUGUUGGUUCUGAUGAGGAGGAGGAGGAGGGAGGCAAAGGCAAGAAAAAGAAGACGAAGAAAAUCAAAGAGAAAUAUAUUGACCAGGAGGAGCUGAACAAGACCAAGCCUAUAUGGACCCGCAACCCCGACGACAUCACCCAGGAGGAGUAUGGGGAGUUCUACAAAAGCCUCACCAAUGACUGGGAGGACCACUUGGCUGUCAAGCACUUUUCCGUGGAAGGACAGCUGGAGUUCAGGGCCCUGCUCUUCAUCCCGCGCCGUGCCCCUUUUGACCUCUUUGAGAACAAGAAGAAGAAGAAUAACAUUAAGCUGUAUGUGAGGCGUGUCUUCAUCAUGGACAGCUGCGACGAGCUCAUCCCAGAGUAUCUCAAUUUCAUUCGGGGUGUUGUAGACUCAGAGGACCUGCCUCUGAACAUCUCCCGUGAGAUGCUCCAGCAGAGCAAGAUCCUCAAGGUGAUCCGCAAAAACAUUGUGAAGAAAUGCUUGGAGCUCUUCUCUGAGCUGGCAGAGGACAAAGAGAACUACAAGAAAUUUUACGAGGCCUUUUCCAAGAAUCUGAAGCUGGGCAUCCACGAGGACUCGACCAACCGCAAGCGCCUCUCGGAGCUGCUGCGUUACCACACCUCGCAGUCAGGCGAGGAGAUGACUUCACUCUCUGAGUAUGUGUCCCGCAUGAAGGACACCCAGAAAAGCAUCUACUAUAUCACAGGGGAGAGCAAGGAGCAGGUUGCCAACUCGGCCUUUGUGGAGCGCGUGCGGAAGCGUGGCUUUGAGGUGGUGUACAUGACGGAGCCCAUUGAUGAGUACUGCGUGCAGCAGCUCAAGGAGUUUGAUGGCAAGACCCUGGUAUCGGUCACCAAAGAGGGGCUGGAGCUGCCUGAGGAUGAGGAGGAGAAAAAAAAGAUGGAGGAGAGCAAGGCCAAGUUUGAGACCCUCUGCAAACUCAUGAAGGAGAUCUUGGACAAGAAGGUGGAGAAGGUCACCAUCUCAAACCGGUUGGUCUCCUCUCCUUGCUGCAUUGUCACCAGCACCUAUGGUUGGACGGCCAACAUGGAGCGCAUCAUGAAAGCUCAGGCGCUGCGGGACAACUCUACCAUGGGCUAUAUGAUGGCCAAGAAGCACCUGGAGAUCAACCCUGACCACCCGAUUGUGGAAACCCUCCGCCAGAAGGCUGAUGCUGACAAGAAUGACAAAGCUGUCAAAGAUCUGGUGGUGUUGCUCUUUGAGACUGCUCUGCUGUCCUCUGGUUUCUCCCUGGAAGACCCCCAGACUCACUCCAACCGUAUCUACAGAAUGAUCAAACUGGGGCUUGGCAUUGAUGAAGAUGAGGUCCCUGCAGAGGAGCCCAGUGCAGCUGUCGCUGAUGAAGUCCCUCCCCUGGAAGGAGAUGAAGAUGCAUCCCGCAUGGAAGAGGUAGACUGAAGUAGGAGAAGAAGCCUCUUCCCUCACCUGCCAGGCCUCUGCCCUAUCUCAUGCCUGCUUAGAAAGGGGAGCCUGCUCCCACCAGCUGCUACUUGAUUUAUUGGUGCUAUUUUUUUGGAUUUGUUUAGUUGGCGUUGGUUUUGGUGGGGUAUGGGAGGGCACGAGUCCCCGUUUGUCAGUAGUGAGUGACUGAGGCAGUCUGAGGCCUACCUGUUCUGUGUCUUUCUGCUUGUGUGGAAACAGCUGAUGGGGAGCAGAGGUGAGGCAUUGGCCUUCCUCCUUCUCCCCUCCCCCGUGGGUUCUCCCAGUAGGCAUCAAACACUGCCCUGAUUCCAUCGGGGUGGGAGAGCCCCUCCUCUGAGUCUCUACCUCCCUGAACCCCCAGGGCAGGAUAUUGUAUUUCAGUUGCCUUCAUUAUUUUCUGUUUGGUUAUUUUCCUGUUGUUUUGUUCUACUGGAAUUAAAGUAUGGAAGAAUGUCACUUA